AUGAUUAUGUUAUUCCCUCUGUCACUGAGUGGUGCUGCUCAACGUUGGUUUGCCUCAUUGGACCCUUCGAGACGUAGGACAUGGGCUGAUUUGGGACAAGAGUUUAUCAGACAGUAUUCUUUCAAUACUGUAGUGGAUGUAUCCCGGAGGGAGCUAGAGGCCCUCAGACAGGGGCCGGAUGAGUCAGUCACUUCAUUCAUUUCCCGUUGGAAGGAGAAGAUAGCACAUAUUAUUGAUAGACCUUCAGAGCGCGAUCAGAUCACUAUGAUUAUGCACUUUGGCUCGUUAGUGCAGGCCCUCUAUGGCAUUGAGGAGGGUAUAUCUAGAGGUUUAUGGGCAGAUUCUUCCCAUUCAGACUCAAAGGGGAAGAAGUCGGGAUUAGGAUCCAGGCCCUCAGAUGUUGGUCCUAUUGGCAUGACAGGACACAGGUCUGCACAUUGUCCUCCGUUUCAGAGUCAGUUUUUAGGCACUCCUUAUCAAAUGAUACAGCAUGAUCGGUACAGACCAGUUGCUCCCAUUAGGCCGGCACCCCAGAGGCCACCUAUGCAAUUCUAUCAUCAGUAUAGAGCACCGCCUCCACCGAGGUCGGUUAGACAGUUCACACAGCUUAGGAUGCCACUGAGCCAAGCUUUUCAGAGAUUGGUUGAGGGAGGACUAAUUGCCCCACUACCGCCUAGACCACCAUUACAGCCUACCUCCCCAAGAUUCAGGACAGAUCUUCACUGUGCAUACCAUCAGAGAGUAGGCCAUGAUACAGACAGUUGUUCAGCACUGAGACAUGCCAUUCAGGAUUUGAUUGAUCAGGGCUUGGUUGAUUUGGGGCGCCCGGGUGUAGCCACAGACCCGCUACCUACUCAUGACACUAGGGUAGUACCUCCACCCCCGAAAGGGGUACAUUUGAUUGAGUUUGCAGGGGAUGAGAUAUUUAUGAUGGGUUGGGAUGGAGAGGCUCCUCAGCCGAUCAGUCUAUAUGAGGAGUCAGAUUUUGUUGGAUAUAUACCUAGACAGCAGAUCCCCAGGCCAUUCAGUUUGACCCCGGACAAGAUUUAUGGGCCGCCUCCAAUAUCACCAGUAUAUUUACAGCAUGUGCCACCUAUGACACCCUUCAUUUUGUUCCCAAAGGAAUAUAAGCCCCCUCACAGAGAUGUUCAGAUAGUUACACGGAGUGGAAGGGUAGCACAACCUCCACCCGUUGACAGGCCAUUUGCUGGUAUAGUUGCCAGAGAAGAGGUUCAGAGGGAAGAUGAUGAGAUAUUACGCCAGCUGCGCACUACUCAAGCUCGCAUAUCUAUUUGGAGCCUUUUGGCCUCAUCUAGUACACACAGAGAUGCAUUGGUCAGAGCCCUUGGCCAGAUUAGGGUUGACACUGCUACUAUCCCAGAGGGGCUUAUUCACAUGUUGACAGCUGAUAAAGCUACAUGUAUAGUGUUUUCUGAUGAUGACUUGCCACCAGAGGGAUCAAAUCAUGUUCGACCCUUAUUCAUUGGUGUUGUUUGUUCAGGCCGUCGGGUGUCGUCUGUUCUACUGGACAAUGGUUCUGCCCUGAACGUCUGUCCAUUGGUUACUGCUAUUGCACUUGGGUUUUCGCCAGUCGAUUUUAGGGCUUCUACACAGACUGUUAGAGCUUAUGAUGGGACUCAGAGGACAAUUAUGGGUACACUCAGUUGA